AAACGCUUUCCUUAUUAAAAGCUUCUUUGCUGCUACUCCCAAGUCCGCUCCGCUCCAGAACAGAACAUGGUUGUGUAAACAGAUGGUCUGUAAGACAGGUUGCAGUCGCUGCCAUCGGAUGGUUCUGGCGGGAUAUCAUCAAAUAUCUGAGGCCUUAUUUAAGAAGACAUUGUCAGCAUUAUAUGUGGAGGUGUUUGUUUAAAAGCAAACCUAACAUACGGGUUCUUCAGGGGAAGCUCGGCUAACUUGUUAGCUUAACCCUGUUAGCAGACGUGCUGUGUGUAAUAUUGCAGUUUUCUUUCUUUCAUUUAAAACUCUCAGCUACAACGUCUGAGCCAGAUUUCACUUCCAAACUCGAGUGGAUAUUAUGUAUUUAGCUGGUAAUAAAUAGUUUGUGGAAAUAAAUGCGUGAGUUAGCAAGUUUAGUUAGUUUGGUUGGGGUGACAGUGGAUGCAGGAGGCCUGAGUCACAUCUGCAGGACACAUUUAGUCUAAAACACAAUUUAACAGCCUGAAAUACUCCUCUGGUCUCAGUAUAUAAGCUACAUGAUCAGCAGGUGUGCCAAAUGCUCUAAAGCUUUAAUAGUUUGCUAGGGCAUGACAUGGUAGGAGGGGAAGGAGCCUUGCCCGCCAGCAUCCUUACAAAUUUCAGCAUCUUUUGGGGCGUUUUUGUGGUGAUAUCUGAAGGUCAGUGCAGCUUUGGAGAAGCAGGAUCAUCAUCAGUGUGUGCUGAUGCUGUGUGACUGGCCUGCUCAUCUGGAUCUGCGCACAUUGCUGGCUGCUUGACCUCAGCUGGUCUUUCUCCUGAUCAAGUUACUGAACAACGACCACCAUGUCCGACAACCAGGGCAAUGUGAACAACAACAACGUCCCACUGAACAACAACAAUAACGGUGGGCCGAACCGGAUCCGGAACCCCGCGAUGAACCAGAACCCCCUGAUCAACGUGAGAGACCGACUCUUCCACGCCUUAUUCUUUAAGAUGGCAGUCACAUAUGCCAGGCUCUUCCCACCAUCCUUCAGACGAAUAUUCGAGUUCCUCGUCUUGUUAAAGGCAUUGUUUAUGCUCUUCAUCCUGGCCUACAUCCACAUUGCCUUCUCACGCUCUCCAAUCAACUGCCUGGAGCACGUGCGGGAGAAAUGGCCCCGUGAUGGCAUCCUGCGUGUGGAGAUCCAGCGCAACUCCAGCCGCGCGCCCAUCUUUCUGCAGUUCUACGAGACGGAGGGAAUCCAGGGCCUCGUGAAAGAACCAGAGGAAGACGGAAGUGAAACCAGACAGCCAAUGGUGCCCACAGACGCUGAAGAGGAGGAAGAGAUGACCAUGGAGAUGUUUGACAACAGCACAGUACGGUUUGAGCUAGAUAUCGAGCCACGUCUGAAUCCGUCGCUGAGUGGCGGUGUUCCUGGCUCCAGCCUGAAUGAAUCCCAGGAUCUGUCCUUCAGCCAGGCCCCCUCUAAAGGUAUGCAGCCGCUGAGGGAGACUGUCUCCGAGAUUGAGAUGCUAACUCGAGCAGUGUGGCCACAAGAAGAGUAUAUUGUCGAAUAUUCUUUGGAAUAUGGAUUCCUACGGCUGUCCCAGGCCACACGGCAGCGACUCAACAUCCCUGUUAUGGUGGUGACCCUGGACCCCAUGAAGGAUCAGUGCUUUGGAGACGGUUUCAGUCGCUUCCUCCUGGAGGAAUGCCUGGGCUAUGACGAUAUCCUGAUGUCCAGUGUGAAAGCUUUAGCAGAGAAUGAGGAAAACAAAGGAUUUCUGAGGAACGUGGUCUCUGGAGAACACUACCGUUUUGUCAGUAUGUGGAUGGCUCGUACCUCCUACCUGGCAGCCUUUGUAAUCAUGGUUAUCUUUACUCUGUCAGUGUCCAUGCUGCUGCGGUACUCACACCACCAGAUUUUCGUUUUUAUAGUGGACCUUCUCCAGAUGUUGGAGAUGAAUAUGACCAUUGCCUUCCCUGCUGCCCCUCUCCUCACUGUCAUCCUGGCUCUUGUAGGGAUGGAGGCCAUCAUGUCUGAGUUUUUCAAUGACACAACCACUGCCUUCUACAUAAUCCUCAUUGUUUGGUUGGCGGACCAAUACGAUGCCAUCUGCUGCCACACCAAUACAAGCAAGCGCCACUGGCUCAGAUUCUUUUAUCUGUAUCACUUUGCCUUCUAUGCGUAUCAUUACCGCUUUAACGGCCAGUACAGCAGUUUGGCUUUGGUCACUUCCUGGCUCUUCAUUCAGCACUCAAUGAUCUAUUUUUUCCAUCACUACGAGCUGCCGGCCAUCCUGCAGCAGAUCCGGAUCCAGGAGAUGCUGCUUCAGAACCAGCAGGUGGGUCAAGGAAACCAGACUGCAUUGCAGGACAAUCUCAACAACAACACUAGCAGCACUGCGCCUGCUGGCCAAGCUAACGCAGCCGCUAACGUGAACACUAAUGGCCAGGACCGGCAAGCCACUCAGGACCAACCUCAGCUCCAAACCCACAAUGGCUUGGUGGUAAAUACUGGUCUGUCCAUCGACCCAUCAAACUCCGACCUCGACUGGAUGGCUGAGAUCGCCAUUGGCCCGGAUGUCCUGUCAGUUUCACACUUGAGCGACUCUCUUUUGGAGCCGGGAGGGAUCCAGGACCCAACGUCGUCCAGCGCAGGGGUAACAGAGCUGCGUGGUCCGAGCACAGCAGGAGAGAACCAAGUCGGAAACAUUAGCGCGGCAAGUGUUCCUCCGGGACAGGGUUGUGCUCAGGGUCUGGGUCCCCCUGGAGAUGGAGGAGGGCAGACAGAGUCUGAAACUUCCUCCCCAGUGACCUCACACACAGACUGCAGAGUUGCAGAAACGCUUAAAGGCUCCACGGACUGGGAAGGCCAGACGGAGAACAAAAGCGAGAGCUCGGACUCCCACUCGGCCCCAGCUUGAGUCGCGCACCCCCAUUCGGAAUGAAUGAAUUCACGCUCUACAGUCGCCACCCCUCUCUGUAAAUUAAUCCAGAAGGCAUCAAGAGGAGAAACCGUGAUGGAGCUUUAUGUAAUUACAUCCUGGAAACCUCCAACAUGAACAUGAGGAGGGCCGAAACAGACUUCCGCUGUCUAGUCAUGUUCUUAAGAGUAAAUUCGUAUUGAAUUGUCAAAUGAUGCCAUGUGUCAGGGUGUGAUCAUUGAAGUCUUUACAUGUUUUUUUUUAUUUUUUUUUUAAAAUGGUUGAAACUUUUAAUACAGGGAGUAUUCAGUUUAAAAUGUGAUGUAUCGCUCAAUAAUGGUACUUUUCGUUGCUCUUGAGUAUGGAGUUGCAGGUAUCAGCGGGCGGCAAUCUUCAAAUCUGAAUAUACAUUGUACUUUGCACAUCUUGUGCUAGGAUUGUUUUGGCUUUCUUUCCGUUCCUCUAAUGAUAUAACAAGCAGUGAAAGUUCAUUUAGUCACGUUAAAAUUGUUUUGGUCCCUGCUACGUUUGUUCACUACAGCGAGCCACCAAAAUGUCCCUUAUGCGAUUUGAAGUCUAGCUCACGACCUGCCGUUGCGUUCAGGUUUGGUAUUGUCAUAUGUAUGGAGCAGUCUGACUCCUGAGUCCGAUGCGAUUGCUGGUCAGAGUGCUUUUAUGUAGUUUAUUGGCGAGCUCUGUCAUGGGGUCAUUUCUGUGCUUUCUAAUCUUCAUCAAGAGACAUUUGUUUUUGUGGUUAGUUUAGACGGAUGUUGUCUUUUGCACAAGCUCAUCAGUGAGUCGUUGGUUUUUCUUCAGGUGAAGUCUGGCUUUGAGAGAGCGAGUGGAUAGAUUAUUGCCUUAUGCUUCUAAAACUGAACAUUAACCUUGUAUUUCCGUCUUUGGCCAUGUACAUUGGGGUCGAUAGCCUUGCCAGAGGCUUCAAAGCCAGUAGAGAAAAUAGCAACUGAAGCAGGAAUUAACAUGUAGUUACUUUAUCAGACAUUUUUUUUUUAAACAGCCGUAAGCAGUGAAGGUCAGACUGUGCUCAUUUCACAGCAUUGCAGCCCAUCAGCUGAAGUCACUGAUCCGGAAAUCUGUUGUCUUUACAUAUUCUGCUUUUGUAGAGGUUUCUCCAUAUGUUUGACUUGGGAUGAUCGGUGGGUGUCUAAUAACCGUACAGACUUGUUGAUCUUCAUGACCAUGUGUAAAAACGCACCGCAAGCUAAGAGAACAAAGGAAAGUGUUGUCUGUUGUGACAUGCGACUGUGGAUGGGAAGGGUCAUUUAAAGGCUAUGCAACAAAGUAAAAGCCAGGCUCUGGAUUUUUUUUUUUUUUUUAAUUCAAAUUGUGCAAUAUUUUGUAAGGCUCAGAUCCAUAAAGGAUUCCAGGUCUGAAAGAUUGAUUUAUUGUUUCAUGAUCAGUUCCUCAAUAUUAUUAUUUUUCUGUGCCUAUUUGCCAUUGUCAGAGGAAACAGAUGAUUGUAGUGUUUAGAUGCAUUGUGUAGGAUGUCUAGACAGAAACUGAAAAGAAUAAUUCUCAGUUCUGUGAUAUUCUUGAUUCUGUCAUUCAAAUGUAUUUAAUUGUAAUGUUUAAAAACUGCAUAAAGAGAUGAAAUUAAUUUCCACUUAGAA